CCAGGUGGUUAUUACACCUGUUUUUUCAGGUGAUUUCACAGGAGAAAGCUCAUCCUGCUUCUAUCGAUGUCUCUCAUGGACAGAAAACUAUCAGUCAGGAAAGAACCUAAUACAGCCACUGCAUGGUUAUAUUAUAUAAACCAGGUCAUUUUGGGACUAAAAUAUUGUUCAAUUUUAUUUCAAUAAUUUGCAUGCGCGUAGGGGUCUUUAGCAGUGGGAGGAAAUCGGAGGACCCGGAGAAAACCCACGAGGUUGGACAGGUGACCCUACUCCUUGCCAUAUACAACCGGGGAAUCGAUUAUAUAAAGUGAUAUGCAAUGAUAUGUUAUAAUGUGGUGAAGUAGAAAAUAUUCCAAACUUAUUACAGCGACAGCUGUUUCUGUGUUUUUAUAACAUGAAUAUUAAAUUUACAGUCAAUAAAAUCAGCAUGUGGACAGAGACUGUAACUUUAUAGUACUGCUUAUGUGUCAAAUAUACAAGACAUAUUAUUAUUAAACUUUAUGGUUACCAGUUGUAACUUACAAUUGUGUAGCUAAAGUUCGGAGCAAAACAGUAGGACGUUUAAUCCCAUUUCAUUUCGUUAGUGUAGCUAAAGCAUUUUAAAGGAUACAAAAGUGUUGAAUUUCAAUUACUUUUAUGGAGUACUUUAAUGGGUUAUUAGUUAAUGAAUUAUUAAUAGGUUACACUUAUAUGGAUAGUUAGUAGAAUUUCUGAAAUUCAAAAUGGCUGAUGGACUGAAGCCUGAAACUGUAGCUCUGUUAUCACCAGAUACAGAAGAUGACGAUCCUCAAAUUGCUGGUGUUGAAAUGACGACAUCUGACUUCUCCCAGUUUUCUGAUACAAGUAGUAUUGGUGAUACACGUCAGCUGGUUGAAGAGAAAGAUGAUGGCCGUCCAAGGAGUGGAAUGUAUGUCACCAGUUUCAACUUUAUCAACUCUAUUAUUGGAUCAGGAGUCAUUGGUGUUCCAUUUGCCUUAAGGCAGGCAGGUUUCGGUCUAGGAAUCUUACUGAUUAUAGGUGUAGCAUUAAUUACAGAUUAUUCAAUCUUCUUGUUGAUUGAGGGUGGUCGCCUGUCUAAUACCCAUUCAUAUCAGGACAUGGUGUUGGUGGCGUUUGGUCGACCAGGAUUUUACAUUUUAACAGUUCUACAAUUCCUUUAUCCCUUUAUUGCCAUGGUUAGUUAUAACGUGAUUAUUGGUGAUACUAUUACAAAAAUAGCUCUAUGGUUUAGUGGUGAGGGUGAUUCGAUGGUACAUUCGAUUUUAGGAAAUCGCCAGUUUAUUAUAUUCCUUAGUACCUUACUGGUGACAUUACCAUUAUCAUUAUACAGAAAUAUUUCACGCUUAGGAAAGUGGGCGUUGUUAUCCAUACUGCUGAUAUUUUUCAUAUUAGUGGGUAUAACAGUUCGAUUAGCUACUUUUGCCAAAGAUAUACCUGCCACUCCAAAUGCCUGGCAGUUUGGUAAUUACAAUGUCACUCAAGCUAUUGCUAUCUUAGCAUUCGCCUACAUGUGCCAUCAUAAUACAUUCCUUAUAUACCAAUCACUGGAUAAUCCUACACCAAAACGCUGGCAUAUCGUUACCCAUGGCAGUAUUAUGUUCGCUGCUGUUAUGUGUGUUAUACUAGGUGUGAUUGGCUAUGUAUCAUUUACUGGUCUUACACAAGGUGAUUUAAUGGAGAAUUAUUGUCAUAAUGAUACUUUGAUGAAUAUUGUACGUUUAGCCUUCUCUAUAACUAUCAUGUUAACAUAUCCUGUAGAAUGUUUUGUAACCAGAGAGGUUAUAGAAAAUGCUGUAUUCCCCUCAAAUCCCCCGACUCCAUUUUGGCGUCACAUGACAGUCACAUUGAUUAUAGUAUUUUUGACGGCAGCUGUAUCUAUGUCUACAGACUGUCUCGGUAUCGUUCUAGAAUUUAACGGUGUUUUAGCAGCGGCGCCAUUAGCUUACAUCAUUCCAUCAUUAUGUGUCAUGAGACUACGUCAAGAGGCUCUCUUCUCCAGAGGAAACAUUGGACCAAUCCUUACAGCCACGUUUGGUAUUCUCGUAGCUAUUGUCGGUUCCAUUUUAGCCAUUAUUAACGCAGCCAGUGGAGAAGGCUGUAGUCAUGGCAGAGAGAUGCCAUAUUGUCUUGCAAAAAACAACCAGUCAGUUUUCAUGAAUGGAUCGUUCUCGACUACAACAAUGACUUCUCCCAUUGUGUGAUGGCAGACGUCACUAGCUAUGAUCACAACAUGAACAGAAACAUAUUUGUAUAAUAUAUUGUAACUCUGUCAUCAUAUUUUUGCUCAUACAAAUCAAAGUCUUCAUUUUAUUUCAUUUUGUGUUUGUCGUCAUUGCAUUUAUUUGUGAUGUAAAUUUUAAAGUUAUAUUGCAGGUCAGUGUUUGAAAAAUGAAUUUGAAUUGAACAUAUAGAUUAAGAAAUUUUAACAACAUUAUUUUAUAGUUGGAACUAGUUUUCAUUAAUCCUUUAGGACUUGGAACGCCCGAAACCGAAGGUAACUAGUGCUCUUUAGACUGGCCCAAGACGACUAAGUCACAUGAAAAACUCAAGAGCUAAUACACGGACCUCCAAUACAUAGAAAUAUUUAAAUAACUAAGGCAGUUUGAAUCAGUCUAAGGAACAGUAGAUUGGGACAUUUUCUCAAAUUUUCUCCGAGUGCUAAAGAAUUGAUAUUCUUUUUUCUACGUUUAAUUUAUGAAUAUUCUAAUCAACAUAUCAUAUUGUUUAUUGUCUCCAAAACAAAACCCUUCAAACAUCAAGGUUGUAUUUCAAUUCAUGUGCUGUUUAUUGCUAGCUAGCAGCAAACAAAUAUCAUGAAAUAUGCAACCUCUGCAUCUGCUGAAAAGCAGCUGAAACCUGAUAAAUUGUAAAAUGUGUGGAAACAAUAAUGGCCUGCA